AUGUUCCCUGUUAAGCAACCGUGGCUGUGUAAAGCCUUAGGCUGUUACGACUGCUGCGUGAGAUGCAUGGCUGCCAUCCCGUAUGCCAGCUUGGUGGCCACACUGCUCUGCUAUGCUGGCACUGCCCUCUUCUGUGCCUGUGGGCACCAGGCGCUGGCAUACACAGAGACGCUGGUGGACAUGUUCUUCGCCCGCAACAUUCAGGAUUACGUCGUGUUGGCAGCUUUUAUUAAGUAUUUCCAGUAUGUGAUCUACGGCUUGGCCUCAUUCUUUUUCCUGUAUGGAAUUUUGCUGCUGGCUGAGGGGUUUUACACCACCAGUGCAGUCAAACAGACCUUUGGAGAGUUCCGCAGCACACGAUGUGGACGCUGCCUCAGUCUCACGUUUAUCGUGGUGACCUACAUCCUGGCUAUCAUCUGGUUGGCUGUCUUUGCCUUCACGGCCAUUCCAGUAUUCUUCCUCUACAAUAUGGCAGAAACCUGUCACACCAUUAAUAUCCUGUCUGAGACCACAACCAGCCUCACUCAGCAUGCUUGGGUCUGCAUGGAUGCCCGCCAGUACGGGUUUCUGCCGUGGAAUGCCAUGCCAGGGAAAGUCUGUGGAAUGACUCUAACGAACAUCUGCAAGACUUCUGAGUUCUUUAUGACCUAUGACCUGUAUGUUGCUGCACUUGCUGGGGCUGGAAUCACUCUCCUCGCAUUGUUUCUUUAUGUGGUGGCCACUACCUAUAACUACGCUGUGCUGCGGUUUCUGGGAAGGAAGGGAAUCCGUUGCUAG